UACAGGAUUAGAAGGUAAUCCUGCGUGCUCUCAUUGAGCAUGCGCAGAGUGAGGCGCGUCGAAGGCAAGCUCCGUCUGCAGUUGGGAACUCCUCGACAAAAUCUCAUCCUCUUCACACUUAGUGAUGAACUAAAGAAGGCCUGACGGUGACCUCUUCCUCCUAGAAGCCAUCGAGGCAAAAAAACAGACUUUCUUUUCCUCAGAUGCCCGACCGUCCAGCUCAUGGACAGGGAGAGUGGGCGUGACAUGUCCACGAGUGCAUCAAGAACAGGAUGUCCAAAUGUGAGCUGAUCGAACUGAAGGACCUCAGCGUGAAUGAUCCCAUCAAGCUGGUGGCCCCCGGGCCUCGCGGCGCUCCGAGUCGAGUCGGCCACUUCCACCUUGUCCGUCUUGUCGGGAACACCGUCCGUAUCGAGGCCCUGCCUACAGAGACGGGAAGCGGCCACGACUUCCAGCCCUACGGUCAUACUCACCUGAGCUGGUGUGACCUGUGUGGAGAAUUCAUCUGGGGUCUUUAUAAGCAGCCUCUACGCUGCGCCAAUUGCAGCUACACUUGUCACCACAGAUGUCGAGCGCUCAUCCAGCUGGACUGCAGCACAGACACAAGUUUUCCAGCAGAGCAGGUGGAUUUCUCUGUGGACUCCAUCGAGACGGACACCAACGUGGAUGAGCAGACUGACUGGCCCAAGCGGGAGUUAAGUGUUGGAGAAGUUCAUCAAAAGGUCCAAGAGUACAACGCUCAGAUCAACAGCAAUCUCUACAUGCUGCUGAACAAAGAUGGCUCCUACACCGGUUUCAUCAAAGUCCACUUUCAAUUAGUCCGUCCUGUCACCCUGCCGCCUCCUCAGGACCCAACACAGGAUGAGUACGAGCACAGCCGGCGGUUGCAACGGCGGACGUCCUUCUAUCUCCCCAAGGACUCUGCGAAGCACCUGCAUAUCAGCUCCCGCACACGAGUGCGAGAAGUCAUCCAGGCUUUGCUCAACAAGUUCACGGUGGUGGACAACCCUGCCAAGUUUGCUCUCUUUGAGCGCGCCGACAGACACAGUCAAAUGUACAUGCGGAAACUGAGUGACGAUGAGUGUCCCUUACGGCUGCGCUUGUGUGCGGGACCCAGUGAAAAAGGCCUGAGUCUGGUCCUCAAGGAGAAUGAAACUGGGGAAGUUAAUUGGGAUGCCUUCAGCUUUCCCGAGCUGUGCAACUUCCUGCGGAUCCUGCAGCGUGAGGAAGAGGAGCAUUUACGGCAAAUAGUGAAGCGCUAUGCUUAUGCUCGAGACCUGAUGUCGAGGGCCAUGGCCAGGAUUACUGCUCCUGCUUGACUUUGGGCAAAUCCACAAUAUAUACGGAACUCCAGUGUCAAAGGGAACGACUUGUUUUAAUAAAGUUUACCAGAGGUACUGGAUGUACAUUUAAUGUGAAUGUUUUUGUGACAGCAGUGCCAGUGUAAAUAAGUAAAUAACUGGAUUGAGAGUCAUCCUGCUUUGUUUAGGUUAUUUGUCGUGGUUUCACAAGCACACCAGUCAUAAAGAGUAGUUUUAUUUCAUCAAAUGUUUCAAUUAAAACAUGUUGGCACUUUAGUGGCGGUGACUGUGGAAAUGUGUUUGAUAAAUUGUGUUUAUAGUGUAAUCUAAUAAACUGAUGGUUUGAGGGGUUCAUGAGUGUCAUUUUAAAA